AUGAUGAAGUCACAGUCCCACAAUUCGAUACCGAAGACGAGUAGCCCCGAUUCAAAAAAUGAACAGCAUGCGAACGGGCUGUCAAAUUACUUUGGAUUGAAUUAUGCUCAGCAAACCGCCUUGAUUUGGGCAAACGCUGCGGCAGUCGCUGCGGCUGCAUCCUCGUCCCCUUCUGCCUCGUACAUGCCGGCUGCAUCUCCCAUACCUCUAGACUCUGUUAGCGGCCAAAAAGUAUCGAAGUCUGCUGCGUUCCCUGCUACUUCCUCUCCCUCUUGUUCUUCGUCGUCCUCUUCCCUUGGACCCGAUCACCAGGAUUCGCACACGAAAAGCAAACACCCUUUGCCCGUCGUCCAUCAAAGCAAGCAAACUCAGCGUUCUGCUGGAAUGACCAAAGCGAGUCGUUUGGAUAAACCCGUUCCUUCCCCUUCAACUGGUCAUAAUAACACCAUCUUGGGCAACGGUCGCAUGGAUCCUGCCACCAUGAUGAUGGCGAGCCUAUUUGCUGGUCACUCCAUCGACAAUCGCCUUGGGAUGUCCGGACUGCCACUCCCGGAUUUGUCUUCGUUCGAUCCGUUGGCCAACAGGAAGCUAGAUCAACGCAGUGUAGAUGCACCGAAACGUGCCGAUGAUCCCGACGGUUUUUCCGCGACUGCUGUGACCCACGAAGCCCUACUGGCCAACCAGUUCCUGCACACCUUUUCCGGUCUUCCCAUGGCCUAUCAACGCCAGACCAAGCAACAACAACCACAGCACCUCCACCACCCCGAACAGCAGCAGCAGCAGCAGCAACAACAACAACAACAGCAGCAGCAGCAACAACAGCAGCAGCAUCAGCAGCAACAACAACAACAACUACAAACCGCUGUUCUUUUGGCUGCAGCUUUAGCUCGUGAGGCGGGAUUUUCAGGAGUCCCACCGGGUUAUCUGGAGAGCCUAGUAACCGGAAGUGGUGGGCAUCCCGGGACAGUGGACAAUGCCAGCAUCCGAACUGAGAAUUCGAACAUGACGCCUAUGAGUGCGGGUGCUGCCACCAAUCUGGCCUACGCCCAAGCAAUGGUGAUGGCUAUGGCUGCCGCUUGCAGCGGUAACCCCCCUAAAGUGACGUCGUCCUCGACCCUCCCUUCAUCUUCCUCAUCAUGUACCGCUGGAGCUGGAGGCUAUGAUCUCCUUCCAUUCGGGACGUUGGAUCUAAUUGGUGGAAGUUCCACUCAGCCCGGAAACGCCACGGGUGAACCUGCGGAAUCAUUCAAUGAAGUACUCAACUUUCUGAGUCACUGUCUAAACGCUCCCAAAGUACUAUCUGAUAGGCAAAUCGCUCCCUCACGUUCCCCUGUGGACGCCAAGGGAAACAGCUCCGUGGCACCACCGAUUGCAAGGAGAGGCCCCAGAGGCGGCGGAACAUCGAGAUCCCGUGGGGCCAAUAGCGGGGCCACUGGCCAAUCGGGCACGAUGCGGUGGGAGCAUCCGGUCGUCACACCUGUCACAGCACGGCACCGUGGCCGCGGACGGCCCCCGAAAUCGGCAACAGUUUCCGUACACUAUCAGCCACACCCGAGGCAAACCAAUUCCUUCGGUGCAGGAGCAAAGUCUCAGGAUGAGCCGGAGAUGUGCUCACAGCUUCCCGAAUUCACGGGCAGUUGCUGUACCCGGCGCUCCUCGGGUGCGACGAACGCAACGGAUUGCAGUGUUGAGGAGACGAUCGACGAAGUGUUGCGACAUCUUGCUGCAUGCGAUUAUGAUCCAGCGUUGGUGGCUCUCCGCUAUGCCUCGACUCCAUUGGGUGCUGCAUUGAACCGGAAGCGUCCGAGAACUGGGUCACUACCGGUACCACUCUCACCAUCACCUCCAAUUCCAGGUGUAUCUGGUGACAUUGGCGUCUAUCGUGGAGAUCCAGGGGAGGUAUUCUCCCAACCCAAUCCAGCGAACAAGCGCGCUCGAAUCGGUCCGUCAGCCGAGUCCGGACUCAGGCUACCCCUGGCUUUGGGCUGGCGUCGUGAGACUUUGGUUAAAGGAAUCGGACCUGGCGGAAUCCUUGGGGAAGUGAUCUACGUCAGUCCCUGUGGAAGGCGGCUGUGGAAUCUGGACAGCGUACGGGAGUACCUCCAAAGUAACAAUGUUCCAUUGCUGUCAGUGGACGAUUUCUGCUUCAAAAGUUACCUUCGACUCGGUGACUACUACGAGUGCAAUCGGACGGGACAGUCCCCACAACAAGCUUACGUAAAAAUGUCCGAAGCAGCUCUGAAUUCCCUAACGUCCGCUGGGUUGAGAGAGUCUGACGAUGCCAAUCCUGGCCCCGGUAGCACAACUUGGUUUCCGGGACAAUCCUUCGACUCCGUCAACGGUGCGAUAUCAACUGCGUCCGCUUUCCCCACGGUUCUACCGCCGGCAGCCCAUGCGCAACCCAGUGAAUCGCAUUCAUCCAACCUGUCCCAUUUUCUCUCCGAUUCAUACGAUAUAUCUGGCACAGAAUUGCCACGUGCGAACUGUUUUUCGUCCAAUCUGAACGAUGAACCCCCUUCCAUUCCACCGGCAGCCCAUGCAGCCAGCGAAUCCGGUUUCAAAGUCCCGGUCUCGAUGCCCCUGCUCGAUCCCUAUUUUUCUGAUCUUCGGCUGAACACCCCCAUUCCUUCAGUGCCCUUAUCGUCUGAUCCCCGCGUGCCCUGUCCCAUUGUGGAUAGUCCUUGGUCCCAAUUGAGUCGCUCACUGGGUCCGUUGCCAAACCCGCCCUACACACUCGGGAUAUCUGCCACUGGUUGUCUGGAUCCUGUGACGGAACGCGACUGUAUGAAGAAUUUUUUCAUUAACAUAGCCAAGGAACGGAUUCGAUCAGAGGAACGAAGGCGGGUUCGGCAUCAACACGCAGUGCUCGAAGAACGUGAACGCACCCUCGCCCGGCGCGUGGAAGAGCGCAUUGAAUAUGAAUUGAAGAAAACCGUGGAUGACUUGCGUUUGAUGAACUCCGAAGCGCUACCCGACUUGGAACCAAUACCAGGUCUUCGCCUCUCCAGUCAAGCAUUUGCCGAUUGUUUGGAGGUGCUGGAAUUUCUGCACGCGUUCACCGAAAUCCUCUGUGUUGAUUCAGAGACAAUACCCACUCUGGGUAUGUUACAAGCCGCUUUGGUCGAUCGGAACCCCGAAUGUCAGCAUGCUUUGUUGCAUUUGCUGAUCGAGCUGUUGAAGUUUGCCAUCCUGGACCCCGGUUUACCAAGCUCCCGUCUGGUGACGCAACUGCUCGGUCAACGUUUCAGCGAGCUGGAGGUGAAUGCUGAGACUGUCACCGGUCUACUGCGAGUAUUCCUGAUCGGCCGCAACGGUUAUGAAGAUGACAUGUCCGACUGGCUUAAGCCGCCUUGUCACUUCACCGAAUUAUCGGCGGACCAACAAGCUUCACUGUUAGCCUUUGUGUGUGCUGAGUUGGUUAGUUCCAGCAGACUUAUUUCUACAGAAGUGGAUCGCACCAUCGAACUGCAAGCGGUACUGAAACGUGAGAAAUGGGUGUUGGAAUCAAAGAUCCGCCGCCUCCGGUUUCUCGUUGCCCGUAAAUUUGGUCCUGGAACGACCAAUGACGCGGAUGUGGUCCCCAAGGGGAUGUCAGUUACUCCCACUGCCCCUCUGACAAUCAGUUCUGUCACUCCAGAGACGACGGAUAACCCGCUGGAUGCCAACGUGCCUGAGGAGGAUGCGAACGAUACUGGCAGCUCUUCCCCGCAUCAAUCACUAGACGAUUCUACCGAAGUCACCAACGCGAAUGGGCACAUUGGUCAUCGUAAGAUGGAUAAUGCAGUGCGGUUCCAGUUUGGCAGACCACCGUUAUCCCGAAGUGCGACUCCAGAAGGCCAAGAUCUGCCUGAGAAGUCUCUGGGCUUCGCUGCUCCGAACGCAUCGGCCACAGCUGCUGCAGCGGUUUCCGCAGCAGCCAUUGCUAAUGCCUUCUUACCUGGGGACGAGGAAGAGACAGACGACAUAAACCAAUUGGAAUCCAUGAUAGAAAGCCUUAACCAAGUCGUUGAAUAUGAACAGAGAGCUAUAGACGAAUGCACGUAUAGACUUUCUGGUAUUUUUCUUGGCCAUGAUCGGUAUUAUCGUCGAUACUAUAUGUUUGGCCACCUUGGUGGUAUUUUCGUCCAGGGAGAUCCUAAUCCUUCCAUCGAUUCCCACACCGUCGACGAUCUUGAGGGACAGGAGGAUCUUAGCUUCGGGUUCGAUCCGGAUGACCUGGUUGCCAAAAUACAAGCUCGCCAUAGGCUCGCUGAACAAAGGCGGUACAAAAUAAAUUUACCCACUCCUGGACAUGGCCAUCAGCACCAUCCACCAACGCCAAGCAGUGCUUCCCACGCCUCGUCGGAUCUUCGUCUAACAGAACCCACAUCAGGAACUAAGCGUUCUACCGCCUCCAAUUCGAGCAUUUCACAAGAGACGGCCAAUGAAGAGCCAUAUCAGCGACAUCCCGAAGCAAAUACGACAGCUGCACAGUCUGAAUUAGUGUCUGAUGCAACAUCCUCAGUGGGUGUGCCUACACUAUUUCCUCGGGGCCCAACUGAACCAGACGAAUUGACGUCUACUGUCAAUUGGGAUGUACACGCGGAACUAUCGCAUGCCGGCCUCGAUGCAUCGACCAACACGACCAGGAUAGACUGCUCAGCGCAAAAUCCAUCACAGACGGACGCGUCAGUUGACAUCUCCACAAGUGGUGAUGGGCCAGGAAUGGGACUUGCACAAACAAAAGUCCUACCGUUCUCUGUCGUUCAGACUAUGAUGGUGGACGCUGAACAUUCGUCGAACGAGCCACCUAAACUGAAACCUGGUGACGCCGAUACAGUGACAACUCUGAGCAACUCAAUGUGUGUCCCAUUCACGACUGAUGCUGAGAACACUGACCAAGCAUUAAACAAACUGGAGAAGGCAUUUGAAGCAAGGGAUUUGGAAGACGGAAUCAGUGAGGAAUCUAUACCAAAUACCACGAGGUGGCCAAAAGUGGACGAAUGCUUACAAAUGCCAUACGCAUCACGUGCAAAAUUUGAUCUUCCUCUAGAUGAACACAUCACAUUAGAAAACAACCGCUCCGAUACAUUCAAAGCAGAUCCGAUGGAGUCUUCCGAGGUUGAUCGGGAAGGUUUGAUAAAAUACGUACUCAAAACUGAUACAAUCUUGAAGCCUGAAGAAGUUUCUAGGCAUUCUUCCCUUCACUCAGUUGAAACAGAUGAAGGGCGGUCAAGUUUAGCUCCACUGUCCCGUAAAAGCAGAGAUUCCUCACCGUAUUCUUCACUCACUACAUUCCAAGUAAGCCGAUGCGAGCAGCUGUCACCCAUCAAAGCCGAUUCCCCAUUAUCGACUUUCCAGCCAUUGGAUCUUUCGACAAAACCCAAAUCAGAUGUUCACAAUACUUCCCUCAACAUCCCAACUAGUUCCACAGACAAUCGUUCCCUGGAAAGUAGUUUUGAGUACAUUGCAGGAUUGGGCUUAGACGAUGUCGUGCUCACAACCGCUGCCUUGUUGUUUAUGACACACACUUCCCUCAUUCCCGCAUCAGUCGCGUGUAGUGAGGCCUUGUUCGAGCCAUGGAAAACUAUGAUUGCACAUUACAAAUCCAUUUUAAUUUGGGCUCUCAUGGAAGAUGCCAGGGAGGAACACGGGAUUGUUGCUUCUGACCGACCCCGGGGAUCCACGGUUACUGGCCCAGAGAGCCUAUGCGAGGCUGUCUUGAUAAUUAAAAACUCCUUAAUGAGCAGCUCAACCCAAGCGGAAACUGAUUCAAAGUAUAUGACGGAAGGUACUGUGAAAACUGCGGAGGAUGAUCCAAGCAGUUUAGCAGUCAUUUCCGAUUCUGAGAUUGAGGAACUAGUAAACCGGGAAUUAGAAGCGCAGAAAGUACAGUUGCCUCCUGUCAGUGCCUCUUCGAGACCCAAAUGUGCGUAUUCCUCCAAGUGGUGUUGUCUGACAGAUGCCCGAAAACUGGAUGAAUUACUUCUUGCUUUAUCAUCCAGAGGAACACGCGAGCGAGACUUGACAAAAAAGAUCAAACGAGCCGAAGAAUUUCUUCGUCCGUCGCUUAGAGUCGCCUCCAAAACACUCAACGAACUUGUCUCGGAGCUGGAAAGUGCUAACGAACCGCGCUUCCUACGUGUGCGUUCUCGUCGCGGAAAAGGGCGCGGUGGUAGUGCCGGAAUCAAUGCCCAAUCACUCUCCAACCCCAACUUCUCAGUCAGCACCGUUGGUCCGGCGGAAACCGGCGUGCCCUCAUCCGAACUUGCCAUGAACAUUGAGUGCAAUUCUAAUGAAUUGGGUAUUCCCAAUGAGUCGAACGAUAGCGACAUCCUCAUGCUAGCUGGUUCGGAAUCCAAUCAGGAAGCUACGUCGAGCUCAGGCAAUGUAUGCCAAGAUGGGUCGAACACGGUCACUGUGUUGGAGCAUCGCCUUCGGCGGCGGGUGAAUCAGCAAGCAGUUACUCGUUCUGAGCUCAACGGCGCCGUGUUGAAGUCAGUUGUAGAGCAUCUGGAGAAGAGACCUGGAAUGCCCGCAUACAAAGCAACUCAAGAUAGCCAAGUGAACGGACAAAGCUUGGCUGAACUGGUAGGUAGCGGUGACCCUCUUUUUGCAAUGGAAUGUUGCUUCCUGGAAGAAGUUGAAGCGCUUGAAGACCGAGUACUCAAUGCCAGCUUACAGAUAAAGGGAUGGCAGGCCCCUGCGAAAGUGCUGGACGAUGAGACAGUUCACCUUAUCCCACGAACCACACCGAAACGAUCCCGUUUCGAGCACUGGCCACUGGAUCUUGCCCGAACCCGGUUACUCAAUCUAGAGAGUCACUUGGAGCGGCGUUAUCUGUUACCACCAUUGAACUCGGAAGUUCACUUGGAUAUCGUGUCUGAUCCGGACACGGGCGCGAUCGGUGAUGGAACUCGAUUGCUCUCCGAAUCACAGGAUCCGGAAACCGGUAGCGAGAGCGGUCUUGGCGGGGGCCCAGGCAGUGAGAGUACAAACACCAGCAUACGGGAAGGAGAGACUGGAACAAAUGGCGCAAGUCACUAUCCUCAAAUUCGACGUGUGGUUGGGAAGCAACCCCUUCCGCACGAACAGGCAGUGACCCCGGCAACACAUCAACCACCGCCGGUUGGACAUCAUUCCGUAGAUAUACCGGACUCGACGAACUAUUUAUUCGGCUCCUUGUACAGUGAACAACUGCCUCCAGGUCUAAUCGAAUGGCGCCACAAAUUGCACCGGGCAACGGAGGUGGAAACCAUGCGAGCGUGUCUAAACCAGCUGAUUGAAGCGAUUGCUUGGGAUAAAUCCAUAAUGAAAGUGUUGUGCCAAAUUUGUCGACGGGACAAUAAUGAAGCCCAGCUACUGCUGUGCGAUGGUUGUGAUCACGGCUACCACACCUACUGCUUCCGUCCCCCAUUGAUCGACAUUCCUUCAGGAGACUGGUUUUGUUUUGAUUGCGUCUCAAAGGCUACAGGAAAAUCCAUUUGCUUUGUAUGUGGCCUCAGCAAACCGUCACAUGCUGGGUCAGCCACUGCUGGUCAGGCGAGCACAGACACUUCACGACUUCUCGUUUGUGAGGGCUGUUCCCGCGCAGUACACGCAUCCUGUUCCCGUCCACCGAUAGCUCGGAUUCCCCGUCGAUGGGCGUGCGCAAAUUGUUCAGCGAGUACCACCCCCAAUCCUUGUACUUCCCAGAAGACUGGCAAGCAACAAGGCGGUGCCUUCACAACAACCACCUUUGCGAGCACCUCAACAGGGGUCAAACACCUGAAUUCCUGUCCCCUCGAGGAAACUGUCCGGAAAUCCGAUGCCUGUUCCGAGCCGAAAUUGGCACACAUAACAGAACCUGCUGAUAUGGUGACAAAGUCGAAACCCAUCCCUCUGAAGUCGAAGAAGCCCUCCGGUAACAUCUUACUGUCGUCGCAGCACUCUUCUUCGACCUCUUCGAUGGGCUCGAGGGUUGCCGCACGGUCACAGAUUUUUACCAAGCGUCCGAGUAGCUCCAAGUCCACGGCCACCGGACUGCUGAACAAAUUAAAGCUACAGAACAAGCAGCGAAUGAGGUUGAAAAAUAUCCGGUUGGAAGAGAAACACAGCUCUGGGGAAACAAGGAUGAAGUAUUCCCAAGAACACGUCCUGGGCGACUUUCGACACUAUCGAAAGGGAUCAGAAGCUGGUUCAACCCACGCCGUUUAUACGCGAAGGGAUGCCGUUGAGUCGUUAGACGUUCCACUCCGCCAUUCGAGCCGUGACUCCUUGGGCGAGUCAGAGUAUAUAUUUGGCAAGGAAGAUGAAGCGCCCAAGAAGAUGCUCACUCCGAGUGAAAUCUCAUGGUGUCGAAUGGCGACAGAGGACCUAAUAAACCACGAAGCGUCUUGGGCUUUUCGGAAACCAGUGAAUGUGAAACAGGUACCUUUUUAUCGCAAGAUCAUCAAGUGCCCAAUGGAUCUAUCGACCAUUCAGCGCAAGACUCGUCAUCCCUGCAACUACUCCACACUGGAGGAAUGGCGCAAUGAUGUGCGUCUCAUUUUCGAUAACUGUGAAAUUUUCAAUGAGGAUGACUCCGAUGUUGGACGUGCCGGACACACUAUGAGGGCUUAUUUUGAAUCCCGUUGGUCUCGUCCUCCGUGCACAACAGUAAGCUCCGAUACACAUGCAGCGGGUUUCGCUGCUAUGCUUUCAUCACCGAACUCACGUCUAGACUCAGCAAAGCACUCGGAUGCUGGCGGAAAAAUCUCUUCUCCCUCCAACUCCUCAUCAACUUCAAGUUUAACCGAAGUAAAGCGCCAUGUGUACCCUGAAUCUGAAGGUAAAAACCUCAUUGUGGCUGUAUCCGAUGACAAUCAAUCCGUUGGCACCUCUCUUUCGGCCCACCCAGUCAUCGAGGCUGCCGACGUUGGUGCGGACGACGGACGGAGCCCACCACAUUCCCCAUUCUCUGAUAGUCAUUCAUCAGGAUUCUCUGGAUUUGAGCAGAACGAAUACAUGAUGGGUCUGCAGUUGGAUGAUUUGCAUUCACCAUUGUUGAAUAGCGCUGAAACGGAAGUGACUACACCGUGUAAACCUCCGUCUAACAACCUUGGCUCAAAUAUGUCUUCCGACGUAUGCCUUCCAACUUCCUAUUCACCGCUGAACUGAAUUUGACUGUGCAAAUUUCGCAAACCUCGUUUCCCUGUACAUAGCUCGAAUCAGUUCGUUCUCCAAAGCAAUCUGUUAUUUCGUUCAGUUUGUGACUCAUUUAUCAAUUCACCACUUGUUCCUUCUCCGUCUCCCCCUUUCGCAUUAUGUUGACCGGCUGUCCAUACGAGUUCAACUUGUCUCCCGUCGACCACAUCUGAUGUCUACUCUGUUUCCCAGGAUCGUCCAACUCUGGACCACCGAAGUUCCGUCACACCCUAUAUUGAGGCCUUCAGGCAUUACGCACACACACACACCUACCAGCUGCUGCCUCCUGAAGAGAGUGUGGGACAGAAUUAUUGUCCCUUGCUCCGUGCCCCGUUAGGAUGACGAACGCCAGCCACGCAAAUGCUAGGUUUGAGCAGCUUUUGGUUCAUUCUUUCGGAUACCCGUCAUCACGUUUAUGCAACAGCUCACUGUGGCCAGUCACCUCCUAAUUCGUCAGACAUAUGGCAGCCCACAUAUAAAAACAAUUUUGUGGUAGCGGGUUUUCUUACUUUUGUCUGAUUUCCACCAACUCGGUUUAUCAGACUUACUCAACCGUUACCCAUUGUACAUAAAUGUCGUUACUCAAUUAAACGGUUCAAGCGAGGUAUCCAUCCGUCUCAUUGGUGUUUACAAUUUCCUCGUGUCCAAAGUACACUUUUUGCUUCA